AUGCCUUCUGGUCUUUCCAAAAUGUGGAGCAAAUCAGGUAUACAUCAAUGUCAAAAGAGACUUGGAGAACGAAACAAGCAUAUAAAGAAUCUUGGAGGAAUGUGGUCGGCGCUUCAAAAACACGUGCAUGAGAGGCCUGGGAGAAAUGUCAUCGGUACUUCUAAUAAUAAUAAUGAUAAUAAAAUACUAAGAAUGUCUGAAGAACAAUUUAUAAACAAAGACCUGCGAUGCGAGUCUCCAGCCAACCCAUUCGUUGUCUCUCCCUCUAUGCCAACCGUGCAGAUUGAGAGUUCUCGAGUUUCUUCACAAGCCUCGGAUCCAUUCCCUGAACUAGAUGCAGCUCCUACAUCGCCUGGACAUCUCAUUGAAGGCAAUUCAAAGUCACCAGAUGCUACUAAUGCAAAGAAAAAGGAGAACAAUUCUGCAGCCAAAUCAAUUGUCCAACAAUGUGAAAAAAGAAACGAGGCCAAUGGGUUUGGUACCAGCACAAUUCGUAGCAAAGGUCCUAGAACAACAACUACAAGCAAUUCAAAGCUACCAGAUGCUACUAAUGCAGUGAAAAAGGAGAAGAAUUCUGCAGCCAAAUCAAUUGUCCAACAAGGUAAAAAAAGAAGCGAGGCCAAUGGGUUUGGUACCAGCACAAUUCGUAGCAAAGCUCCUAGAAAAAUAACUACAAUUUUCGGCAAUUCAGAGCUAGCAAAUGCAAGUAAAGUAGUAAAAAAGAAGAAGGCUUCUGCACCUCAUCCGUCAACCAUUCAACAGGGUACCAAAAGGAAUGUAGCAAGUAAUGGUGGUACCAGCAAAAAAAUUACUAGAAAAAUUGCUGGUUAUAAGUCAAACAAACCCUAG